UUUUCACCAGUGGACAUGGAGCUUUCUGCCGGUGAACUCAGCAUUUACGAUAAGCUCUCGGAGACCAUUGACUUGGUGAGACAGACUGGCUACCAGUGUGGUAUGCCUGAAAAAGCCAUAGAGAAAUUCAUCAGACAACUCCUCGAGAAAAAUGAACCUCAGCGGGGACCCCCACGAUAUCCUCUUUUGAUGGUUCUCUAUAAGGGCCUGAUCACCUUGGGUUUAGUUUUACUAACUGCGUAUUUUAUGAUCCAGCCAUAUACCCUUUCACCACCCGAGACGACGCUCACCAAAGCCCAUGCGUGGGGCUCCCUCGUCAGUCAUAUCCGGCUGCUGCCUUUGCCCAUCACCAAGAAGUAUAUGCUAGAGAAAUGUCAAGACUGGUGGAGCCUAGAUUGUAGAUGGAAUGUUUCUCUAACCACCAAUUGCUCUUGCUGCUGUUCCAUGAAAAAUUUUGGGGCAGCAGCUGACCUAGGACAGCUAUCAGAACAUCUCCUGCAGUCACAACCUCUCAUCAUUAAGACAGGACAAUAUCGGUCUUACGAUGAAAUGAAACAUUUUCAGUCCCUGUACCCUGAUCUGAUAAAUUUUGUGGUACAUGAAGAUUCAGCUGAAGCGGGGAGCAGCCGUCCAGGGCAGGGUCUUCCAUUUCACUUUUUGCGGAAAAAAACUCUGAAUAAAAGUCAGAUUAUAGACAAGAUUUUCCCCAUCUUCUCUUCAUUGGGGUUCCCAAACACCAUUUCCUUGAAAAGCUGUUUUCUCAUCCAACAAACAAAACUUCAGGAUAAGACCUACAGGUUGCAGAGCACUUUUGUGGUUGGAAGUGGUCGGCUUACUUUAAAUGCCAUUCCUUCGUCAUUGUGCAGAGAGCAUUGCCAGAUGCUGGUGGUGGAUCUGGAAGCCGGGGAUGUUGGCUUUGCAAACAUGGAGUAUUGGACAACAAGUUUUAAUUCUAUGGGAUCAGAGCCUACUGUUGUUUGUGAUGGAUCCGCCAGCUAA